AUGGACAACGAGAUUAAGUCGAUUUUUGACAAACAAGUUUGGAAUUGCGUGGAUAAUGUACCAGGUCGAAAGACAGUUGAGUGCAAAUGGAUACUCAAGAAGAAGACCAACAUAGAUGGAAAGAGGAACUCCAGCAGCUUUCCAGAUCACAUAUUUGUCAAAUAUAACAAAGCUCCCAGUCCUAUUGAAGCUAAUAAUGGCAUGGAGGGUAGAGGUGGAAAGAUGAAAUUGAACAACAUUGAUUUGAACAUGAACAGUGAGGCUAUGGUAUCCAUUGACAUGCAUGCAGGGCUAUCUGAAGUUCUUGAGCUUGAUGACAAAUAUGCUAGUCCAAUUCACAUAGCUGCAGAUCUGCUUUCUCAGUUGUCAACUGUCAUGGUUGAAUACGGAAUGGAGUUGUAUUCUGAAUUGUGCACAGUUACAUAUGAGCCUGCUCAACUAAGUGUUAAACCAAGAAAAGAAGGCCGACUAAAAGUAACUGGUUUCAAACCAACAUCUUGUGAAAUCCACGCACACAAAGGUGAUAGGGUGAAAGUUCAUUACCGGGGGAAACGUACUGAUGGAACUAUAUUCGAUUCCAGCUUUGAAAGGGGUGACCCAAUUGAAUUCGAACUUGGUACUGGUCAGGUGAUAAAAGGAUGGGAUCAAGGACUAUUGGGAAUGUGUGUUGGGGAGAAAUGUAAGUUGAAGAUACCUUCAAAGCUGGGGUAUGGAGACCAGGGUUCACCACCUACUAUCCCAGGUGGGGCUACACUUAUAUUUAAUACGGAGCUUGUUGCUGUCAAUGACAAAGGAUCAGAUGGAGGAGACACCAAUAACAACAGUGAGCUAUGAGUAUGAUCACAAGAAUCCAGAUCAUGACCUUUUAGUAGGAGGAGAGAAUUAUUCUAGAUUUGAUACUGUAAUUUUGUUCCCUAGUAUCUUCAAAAACAAAACAUAUAUGUCUUGUACAAGUA